UUGUUUUCUUCUGUAAAUUUGAAUUAUUGUAAAUUUGAUGUAUGCAUUACCAUAUAAUAUUCGUAAAAUACAGUGUUUGCUGUAACAGACCAUGGAAGUUCGCUGUCGAAUCUGCUCACGAACGGAGCCGUUUGCGUCUGUUCCGCUAAGUUCCCGACCUGAAGCUUCCCAGGAAACAAUUUUCGACAUGUUGGCAUACUGCACUCAGUUGGAGGUUUCACCCGACGAUUCGUUACCCCAGAGAAUCUGCAGCGACUGUCUCAGGAAUCUGACGGGGGCAUUCGAAUUCAAGCGACUUUGCCAUCAAUCGGAUGCGUCGUUUCGACAAAUGCUCCGGCAGGAAUCCCGUGAUGGAGAACCUCCACCCACGCCAACGAAAACCGAUUCGGAUACCUGUCCUACUCUGGUUGAUGGGACCUCCACUAAAGGUCCUCAGCGAACGAUCACUUAUCAGUGCUGCUUCAAACGGUGCGACCGAAAAACCACCGAUUACGUUAAAUUGCGGGAGCACGCGAAAAAGAACCACCAAACCAGACGGCGUGGCAAUGCGCUGAGAAGACGUCAGGAUCAUCACUUUGUUUGCGCCAUCUGCAUGGGUGGAUUUAGUAGCAGGCUAGAGUGGAACAUUCAUCGUGCUUUGCUCCGAGGAGUGCAACGAGUUUAUCAAUGUUUUCGAUGCAGCGAAUCAUUUCGUACCGAGGAAAAGCUAGCGACGCAUAUGGUUGCGGGAGGAUGUGGACAACAGGAGAAAAAAGAUGAGGAUAAAGACGAAGCAACAGAUGCUCAACUAGUGUCACUGCAGCAGCAUUUGAUUCGGCAAAUUUUAAAAGCCAAAGCCACGAAUGGCCUAGUGAGGAUCAACGAAAAAGAGUAUGACACCGUACUGAAGAAUAAGGCAGCUUUCCUGGGGAGCUGGCACAGGAACGAGUUGAAAAACACAAGUAAACGGGUGAAACUAUUUUACGUCUGUGAAGCAUGCAACUUCCGGACAGAAAUUCGUGACGAAGUGGUGAGACAUUUAGAGAUUGGAACCUGCACGCAAGGUUUCUACAUGGCACUUGGCUUCCGUGCGGUAAAGUUGCACUAUGUACAAUCAUUGGAAUGCAAAACGUGUGGCUACCGGACUGAAAGUACCGGCAACUUGAAAAGACACCAGCUGAUCCACAAUCAUUCCGGGAUACGUAGAAACAAGAUAACUAAACAAGUUGCCGAAAGAGAAUAUCCAUGCGAGUACUGUGUAAGAGUUUUCACCACUUGUAAUAACCGUAAACGACAUCGGAAGACAUGUGCACAAGUGGCAGGGAUAACGAUCUCAAAAGAACCGCUAAGCAUUGAAGAUGUGACCCUGUGUGAUCAGUUGCGGGCCUCUAAAGACAAUGCUUCAAAGGAGGAGUGCGAGGAGCAGCAAGAACUUCUGUUAACAGAAUUAAAGAUUGAAGAGUAUGAUCCCCUGGAAGCGAUGAAUCAAAGUGCACACGAACAGGAACAGACACCAGAACCACCCACAAAGAAAGUAAAACGAUCGUCUAUUGGUAAAACUGUGCCAACUUGUGAGAUUUGCGGCUACACCACCGAUAAACGGGGCAAUUUUAAUCGCCAUUUGAAAACGUGUCGGAAGAAACUUCCACUCAAACUGUCGACUGUACGUCAUGAAACAUUUAGUACCGAGGGAACAUUGGCCACGCGAAAGGCUUCAGAAAGAUGUCGGCAACAAAAGGAAGACGAAAAACCAAUCGAUAAUUCGCUAGCAUUACCGUGGCAGGAUUUGAUUAGGCGAAUUCUGAAAGCCAAAGCAACGAACGGUCUAGUGAGGCUCGAUGAAAAAGAGUAUGACACCGUACUGGAAAACAAUGCAUCCUUCCUGAAACGGCUCCAUCGGGUCGAGUGGAAGCAUUCAAGCAAACAGGUGAAACUGUUCUACGUCUGUGAGGCAUGCAACUUCCGGACGGAAAUUCGUGACGAAGUGCUGACCCAUUUAGAUAGUGGAACCUGUGUGGAAGGUUUCUACAUGGCACUUGGAUUCCGCGUGGUAAAUGUGCGUUGCGUGCAAAUAUUCGAAUGUAAAAAGUGUGACUUUCGGACCGAGAAUACCGGCAAUUUGAGAAAACACCAGCGGAGGCGCAAUCAUUUCGAAAUACGCACGAUUAAGACAACCAAACAGGUGGCCGAAAGGGAGUAUCCAUGCGAGUACUGUGGAAGAGUUUUCACCACUUCUAGCAACCGUAAACGACAUCGGAGCACGUGUUCACGGGUGCCAAGGAGCACGAUUUCAAAUGUACCAAUAGGACCGCUAACCACAACAUUUGAGGACACCACUUCAAAGGAGGAGUGCGAAGAACAUCAAGAAUCUCUGUUAACAGAAUUGAAGGUCGAAGAGUAUGAUCUGCAGGAAGCGAUAAGUCAAAGGACUAACGAUCAGCAACGGGUAGCAGAACCACCCACAAAGAAAGUAAAAGGACGUAGAAAACGAUCGCCUAAUGGUAAAACUACUGCGUUGAUUUGUAAGAUUUGCGGCUACACCACCGAUAAACGGGGCAAUCUGAAUCGUCAUUUGAAAACGUGUUUGCUGAAAGUUCCUCCCAUACAGUCAACCUAUUUCGGUUCGACUGACUCGGAGUAA